UAUUUAAACGCGAUACAUGGUGGUAGCAAAACCAUGAAGAAAGUAUAUCUCGCUGCUGUAGCAGGAAAUCUAGGUUCGUUGUCAGCGGGUUUAAAUAUGGGAUGGGCAUCGCCAUCCGCACCUUUACUGAUAAAUGGUGAUGAUGCUGGAUAUCCCGUGCGUUUGAACUUGGAAGAAAUCUCUUGGGUGACAUCUUUACUUACUCUUGGUGCCAUCCCGGGUUGCAUUAUUUCUGCAUUAACAGUGAAUAUCAUCGGCAGAAAGAACACUAUGCUAUUUUCAGCUGUGCCUUCGGUAAUUGGCUGGUUGUUGAUAGCUUUCGCAACAUCUUCAUCGGAUCUAUACAUAUCGAGGUUUUUAUCCGGAUUGGCUAUGGGCAUGCAUACUUCAAUCACGCCGAUGUAUUUGGGCGAGAUUUCGCCGGCAAAAAUUCGCGGUUAUUUGGGAUCCAUGCUGAUAGUCGCUAUGAAACUUGGUGUUUUGAUCGAGUUCACAAUAGGUCCGUUUCUUUCGGUGAGAAAUCUCGCCCUUAUCUCUUUGGCGGCACCUUGUCUGUUCGUGGUCACUUUUAUCUGGUUACCAGAAUCUCCGUACUAUUUGGUACGCUGCGACGCCAAGGAGAAAGCUAUAAACUCUCUUGUUCAAUUAAGAGGCAAAAAGGAUGUUUAUAAGGAGGCAGAUACCAUUGAGCAAUCUGUAAAAGCUGAUUUGGCUAAUAAAGCUGGUUUUCGUGAACUCCUAUUUGUACGGGGAAAUCGCAGAGCUCUAACAACAUUGGUGUGUCUGGUCAUAUUUCAACAGUUGAGUGGCUCUCAAGCCCUGUUGCAGUACGCUCAAAUAAUUUUCGAUAAGAUGAACAGUAAUCUAGAAGGCAAAUACUUGACUAUAGUACUAGGCGUCGUGCAACUAGUCUGCACGAUUGUCUGCAUGAUCAUCACUGAUUGCAGCGGCAGGAAGUUAUUGUUGACGAUUUCCGCUAUCGGUACGGCGUGCUCCACUGCCAUAGUCGCAACAUAUUUUCAUCUUCAAUACUAUCACGUGGAUAUCAGCAAUAUAACGUGGUUACCCGCUAUAGGCGUGAUCCUAUUCAUAGUCAUGUAUGGCCUCGGUUUGUCAGUGUUACCAUUCACCAUGGCCGGCGAAUUGUUUUCUAUGAACGUGAAGGCCCUCGGCAAUAUGAUAGGCAUGAUGACGAUGACACUCGUAGCGUUUGUCGUGACGAGCUUAUAUCUGAUCAUAAGUGAAGGUGCCGGUGUGCACACGCCGUUCUGGAUAUUUACCGUGUGCUGUUUUGCUGGUGCUAUAUUCACGUUUUUCUAUGUACCUGAAACUAAAGGCAGGACGUUGGAACAGAUACAGAGAAAACUUCAUAAUCCUGAAAACAUGAAGAAAUUAUAUCUCGCUGUUAUAGCAGGAAAUUUAGGUAUGCUGUCAGUGGCCUUAUUUAACGGUUGGGCAUCGCCAACUUUGCCUUUAUUGCUACAUGGUGGUGAUGCUGAAUAUCCUAUACGUUUAAACUUAGAAGAAGCCUCUUGGGUGACAGCUUUACUUAGUAUUGGUGCCGCCGCAGGUAGCGUUAUUUCUGCAUUGAUUGUGAAUAUCAUCGGCAGGAAGAACACCAUGUUACUUACGGUUGUGCCCUCAAUAAUUGCCUGGUUGUUAAUAGUCUUCGCAACAUCAUCGUGGGAGCUAUACAUAUCGAGGUUUAUAUCCGGACUAGCUACGGGCAUCACUUCUAUGUCUACGCCGAUGUAUGUGAGCGAGAUUUCGCCGGCUGACAUUCGCGGCAAUUUGGGAUCUGUGCUGGCAGUCGCUGGGAAACUCGGUAUUUUGAUCGAGUUCACGAUAGGUCCAUUUCUUUCAGUGAGAAAUCUCGCCCUCGUUUCUUUGGCGGGACCAUGCCUGUUUCUGGUCACUUUUAUCUGGCUACCGGAAUCCCCAUAUCACUUGAUGCGUUGCAACACCAAGCAAAAAGCCAUAAACUCUCUUGUUCAGUUGAGAGGCAAAGAGGAUAUUUACAAGGAGGCAGACAGUAUUGAGCAAUUUGUAAAAGACGAUUUGGCUAAUAAAGCUGGUAUCCGUGAACUCCUAUCUAUACCAGGAAAUCGCAGAGCCCUAAUAACGUUGCUGUGCCUUGCCUUAGUUCAACAGUUGAGCGGUUCUCAAGCCGUAAUGCAGUACGCUCAAUUAAUAUUUGAUGAGAUGAAUGGUAAUCUAGAAGGUAAAUACUUGACUAUGAUAUUGGGCGUCAUGCAACUAAUUUGCGCGAUCGUCAGCAUGUUCAUCACCGAUUGUAGCGGCAGGAAGUCAUGGCUGAUGAUCUCCACCAUCGGUUCUGCAUGCUCUACCGCUAUGGUUGCGAUAUACUUUCAUCUUCAGUACCAUCACAUAGACACCAGCAAUAUAAUAUGGUUGCCCGCCAUUGGCGUGAUCUUAUAUAGAGUCAUGUUUAGCCUGGGUUUGGGGGUGUUACCGUUCACUAUGGGCGGCGAAUUGUUUCCCAUGAACGUAAAGGCUCUCGGCGUUAUGAUAGGCAUAAUGACGAUCCAUACCACAGCCUUUGUCGUGGAGAGUCUGUAUCUGGUUGUAAGCGAAAGUGCCGGUAUGCAUACGCCAUUCUGGAUAUUCACCUCGUGCAGCCUUGUUGGUACUUUAUUCACAAUUUUCUAUGUACCUGAAACCAAAGGCAGGACGCUGGAGCAGAUACAAAAGAAAUUGCACGGUUCGUCGAAACAAGAAAAACUCAAGAAUGAAGUACUUUCACCUGUCAAUAUUUGA